AUGACAUUGACCACACAUCCAUUAGUCAACAGCACCUUCAACUUGAAAAAUUAUGAAGUCACUCUAAAAGGCUCUCACAACAUUGGAAUUGCCAUGGCCACACCUUCUGGACUAGUUGUACCAAACAUCAAGAAUGUUCAAUCUCUUUCCAUAUUGGAGAUAACUAAGGAACUAUCGCGUCAAAUAAAGUUAGCAAUGGCAAAAAACAGAAACAAAUUGUCUUAA